AUGUCCUCAGCCAAGCUGGAAGCCAUUAAUGAACUGAUUCGCUUUGACCAGGUAUGUACAAAGGACCUAGUCUUAGAGAUACCCUCUGAGAUAGAGAGCCAAGUCAGUGUGGUAGUGAAGAUUGAGGAAGCACCUUUCACCUCAGAAAAAGAUCACCCUGAAUUCACCGUCUCAGUGAAGGAAGAACUUGUAGAAGAUGACUUCAUUCCGGAGCUGGAUAUCUCAGAUCCACUUCCGAUCGUCCACUGCCUGAAGCCGUCUUCCUGCCCGCCGAUGCUUGUGGUGACUGUAGCUCUGAGGGUUCCCCUUCUCCCUUGA